CGCGACCCCUCCGUGUGCGGCCCCGGGCGCUGCGUGCCCCGGGGGGGAGGGGGCUACACCUGCCUGUGCCGGGGGGGGCUUCUGGCUGAGCCCCCAGGGGCACGCACUGCGUGGGGCACGCACUGCGUGGACAUCGACGAGUGCCGCCAGGUGCCCCCUCCCUGCUCCCCGGGCCGCUGCGAGAACUCCGUGGGCAGCUUCCGGUGCCUCUGCGGGCCCGGCUUCACCUCCGAGCCCGCGGGCACCGAGUGCCGAGACGUGGACGAGUGCGCCCAGAGCCCCCCGCCCUGCGCCCACGGGCGCUGCGAGAACCGGCCCGGGGGCUACGAGUGCGUCUGCCCGGGGGGCUACCGGGGGUCUGGGGGCAACCAGCCCUGCCAGGACAUCGACGAGUGCGAGAACCACCUGGCGUGUCCCGGCCAGGAGUGCGUCAACACCCCGGGCUCCUUCCGCUGCCAGCCCUGCCCCGACGGCUUCCACCUGCGCCAGGGGCGCUGCGCAGACGUGGACGAGUGCUCGGGGGGCUCCCCCUGCGCCCCCCACGGCCGCUGCCUCAACACCGCCGGCUCCUUCCGCUGCGAGUGCCACCGCGGCUACCGCGCCACCACCGGCGCCACCGCCUGCCAGGACGUCAACGAGUGCCUGGAGGGUGACUUCUGCUUCCCGCACGGCGAGUGCGUCAACACGGCCGGCUCCUUCCGCUGCCUCUGCGCCGACGGCUACGCCGCCACCGCCGAUGGCAGCGCCUGCACCGACGUGGACGAGUGCCAGCGCGGGGCCGUCUGCUCCGGCGGGCGCUGCCUCAACACCGACGGCUCCUUCCAGUGCCAGUGCCCGGCCGGGUUCCGCACCGACGACGCCAAGGCCGAGUGCCGCGACGUGGACGAGUGCCAGGAGUACGGGGCCGGGCUCUGCGGGGCGCAGCGCUGCGAGAACAUUCCGGGCUCCUAUCGCUGCGUGCCCGAGUGCCAGCCGGGAUUCCGGCCCGGAGACGGCGGGGACUGCCUCGACGUGGACGAGUGCCAGGAGUACGGGGCCGGGCUCUGCGGGGCGCAGCGCUGCGAGAACAUUCCGGGCUCCUAUCGCUGCGUGCCCGAGUGCCAGCCGGGAUUCCGGCCCGGAGACGGCGGCGACUGCCUCGACGUGGACGAGUGCUCCAACGGGACCCUGUGCGGUGCCCACGCCACCUGCCACAACCUGCCCGGCUCCUUCCAGUGCGCCUGCGACCCCGGCUACGAGACCGCCCGGCACGGCCACCACUGCGUGGACGUGGACGAGUGCCAGACCCUCCGCGGGGUUUGCGGGGCCGAGCGCUGCGAGAACGUCGAGGGCUCCUUCCUGUGCCUGUGCCCCGACUCCCGGCAGGAGUUCGACCCCCGUCACCGGCCGCUGCGGGGCCCUGCCCACCCCACAGAGCCCCCAGAUCGUCCCCCAAAUCCCCCAGAUCCGACCCCAGAGCCCCCAGGACCCCCAAAUCCCUCAGAACCCCCAAAUCCGACCCCAAAGCUCUGAAACCAGACAACAAAGCCCUGAAAUUAGAUCCCAAACCCCCCAAAUCCGACCCCAAAUCCCCCAAAUCCGACCCCAAAGCCCCG